UGGUCCGUUAAAGUUAGACAGAAGAUAUUGCCGAAAUGAAGUUGACAAAGCUAAUGCUGACUUUCCUUUGCCUAGGGCUUUUCGUUGCCCUGGUGGUGGGUGUCGAUACGGAUACGGAUGACGAUACGGACUUGAAUACGGCAGCCGAUUCCGAUGAGGAGACUUCUACCACGACCGCGGCCAGUGCCUCGGAUAGUUCCAGCGCAUCAGAUGAUAAUUCCGAGAGUGAUUUGGGUGCGGAUGACGGCUUAGGCACGGAUGACUACGAUUCUGAUAGUGAUGCCGCUCCACCAGUGGUACAAAAGAAGAAGGCCAAUAAUAACAAAAAGAAGGCCAAUAACAACAAAAAGAAGGCCAAUAACAACAAAAAGAAGGCCAACAACAACAAAAAGAAGGCCAGCACCAACAAUCGCAGGAAGGCCAAUAACAACAACAGGAAAAAGUCCUCCAACAACAACAACAAUAGGCGAAGGAACAACAACGCCAGGAGGCGUGGUUAACCCACCAAAAACUGUUAAUCAAAAAACUUUCGGACUAUAUUCAUAAUAAAUACAAUUUUUUUUGUU